AUGAAGAGACAAAACACCAUCAAUAACACCAACACCAACAACUACAACAACACCAACAACUACAGCAACACCAUCAACAACAACAACACCAACAACAACAACAACCUAAUAGAAACCGGACUCAUAAUAAUUACAUUUGAAACCCAUCAACUCCCUGAAAUACUGCGUGUCGGCUAUGAAACGGUUCGCACUUUUGAGGGGGAGCCCGGAAAAUUUGUGUCCUGGGUUUACAGGGCUCAAGCCAUUGUUAAUGACUACGAGAUCAUUAUAGGCCAGCCCUUGUAUAGGACCAUCAUUCUCUAUAUUAGGCAGAAAAUAAGAGGCGACGCCGAUUUGGCGCUUUCUUCUUACAAUGUGGAAGAUGAUAAUUGGUCGGAAAUUAAGCGGGUUCUCUCGCUUCACAACGCCGACAAGCGAGACGUCCGAACCCUUGAGUAUCAACUGAGCCAGCUGACCCAAGCAGGUAGAACUCUGGAACAAUUCUAUAAUGAGGUCAAUAACCACUUUUCCUUGAUUUUAAAUAAAUUAAAACAAUCAGAGCAUGCGCCUAACGUGGCCAGCGCUCUAACUGAGAUGUAUAGGGACAAGGCGCUGGAUGUUUUCGUACGGGGGCUCAACGGCGAUGCCUCUAAGUUACUCAUUAUUCGGGGCCCAAAAAAUUUGCCUGAGGCAUAUUCCUUUUGUCUAGAGCUUCAGAAUGUAUCGGUCAGGGGAAAUGCACGUGUGGAACACGCGAAUAGGUUCGCCCCAUUUCUUCAACCCCGUUACCCGAUAAGCGCACCGCGCUAUGCGCCUCCAGUAUCACCCCCGCGGUAUUCGUCUUCAUUCCAACCACCAAUAAGGGCACCGGCGGGCAUGAACUUUAACGAUAGUUCAUCCGGUAACUCGAGAGGUUUUAACAGAUUCCAAGGGCCGCGACCAGCCAUUAAGAUGGAGUCAAAUCGGUCUGGCCAGUCUUAUCAGUCCGGCUUUGGUUUACGCCGUGGAAACGAUGAUAGGUCCCAAAAUACUUCGCCUGGUUCGAAUCCCUUCAGGAAGGCACAACGAUUGUACCACAUGACGGCGGUUCCGUCUAGCGUGGUGACAAUGCCUGAAGACGACACGCAAAAUUCCGCUUGUCAGACUACCUUCGAAGACGAAGCAGUGAGCGCCCACGACACGAGCCUCGAGUACGAUGUCCCAUACCAUAAGGCUGACGACGAGAACGUUAGCGAUGAAAGGAAUGGUAACAAGUUAAAGUUUCUUAUCGACACCGGCGCGAAUAAGAACUUUGUUAGCCAAAAUCACUCCGCCGGCUCCAUCCCAUUAUCUACUCCCUUUUUCGUUGAAUCUGCUGCUGGCAAUGUUAGAAUCACGCACUGCCUAGUAGGACGAUUCUUUGAGCCGAUCGGCAAUGACUUGAUUACCACCUUCUACGUCCUCCCUGGCCUGAAUUCCUUCGACGGCAUCAUCGGUGACGAUACUCUCAAAGAAGCGAAAGCCCUAAUUGAUCGCAAAAACGAUCUCCUGUUAAUAUCCCCUGGUAUCAAGCUACCCCUCCUGGCAAGAUAUUCCUCCAUAGCGCCCAACCACUCCAAUGCCCUUGCCCUGAUUGACGGCGAUCAUGAUGAUGACACCAAACAGGCGCUGGACAAUCUAAUUAAAGAAUUUCCAUCUAUUUUUGAACCACUUUCGUCAGGGGAAGCGAAACCUAAACCAAAUGGUGAACAACAGUAUCGCAUGGUCAUCGACUUCAACCGCCUGAAUGCGGUUACGAUAUCCGAUACUUACCCAAUACCGGAUAUAAAUUCUACUCCGGCUAGCCUUGGAAGAGCCAAAUAUUUCACGACGAUUGACCUAACGUCUGGCUUUCACCAAAUCCACAUGAACGAAAAAGACAUUCCUAAGACCGCCUUCUCCACCCUCAAUGGAAAAUACGAAUUCCUUCGUCUACCAUUUGGCCUAAAAAAUGCCCCAACAAUCUUCCAGCGGAUGAUUGACGAUGUUUUGAGAGAACACAUCUGCAAGAUCUGCUACGUCUACAUCGACGAUUACAUUAUUGUUUUCGUCGAAGACUAUCAGAGACAUUGGAACAAUUUGCGUGCGGUCUUCCAAAAUCUUCGGAAGGCCAAACUCCAUGUAAACUUGGAAAAAACACGUUUCCUCUCCACACAAGUUGAAUCCUUAGGUUACAUUGUUACGCAGGACGGUAUUAAAGCAAACGCCCAGAAGGUGAAAGCAAUAACGGAUAUGAAGCCCCCGCUAACAUGA